AUGCUCUACGCGCCGUUCGCCUCUGAUAUAGAGCUGCCAUUCUACACUGCUCUCACAUCUCAAAAGAUAAAUCAUGACAAGCUUGAUGACUCGGCUCGCCAAGUCCUGGGCCUUUAUGAGCUUCGGCCUACGGACGCUCCGAACGCCUCAUGCCGGAUGCAAAUACAUGGGAAUGCUCUCUCCAACGAUGAGACGCCAUCUGGAUACUACCGCGCCGAGGGAACAAUAAAGAAUGUCAACACCAUCGAAGAAUAUAUGAAUACUGACAGAGCACGUCUGCUUCAACAAUCCGGAGAACUGGUCAGUUUUCAAUUUGUCAUUAUGUCAUUAUAUCCAAGUCGCGUUAACAAUAGGUUGUUCCUAAAGGUACUGAACGCCAUACGCGAUGGGAGUAUUUACUCUUGUCCAGCUCUACUUUCUUCCUUCGUCAUUUUAUCUUAUGCAGAUUUGAAGAAAUACAAGUUUCACUACUGGUUUGCAUUCCCUGCUUUGCAUUCGGAUCCUCCAUGGGUUUCUGCAGAUGAACUUGAGUCAGCCGCGGAACUUUACCAGGGUCGGAGCCCCGUCGGACGCACAGACGCUCUGUCAAAAAGUGAGACCAUGGCUCUUGUCGAUGCAGUUCAGACAUGGGGCUCUGCUGUAGACAGCCGCCAGCGAGGCUUCUUUUUGGCGAGGAGAUUGUGUGUCACUAAAAUUCGCGCUGGUCGUCAGGAAGGGUCCGAAAGUCGGAGUUCCGGGGAUACAGAAGACAUGCAAAGGCAACAAUGGCAGAUCGCACCUCUCUCAUCUUUUGAAGAAGGGUUUUUCCAAGAAGCAAACUGUGAUGAUUGCUUUGUGGGGUUCGCUGAUCCCUCUAACUACGACAACGCGCCAGGCUGGCCGCUCAGAAAUCUAUUAUUCCUUGCCAAACAGAGAUGGGGGCUCAAUAAGAUUCGGGUGCUUAGGUACCGUGAUGUGCCUUCAGGCAGUGAUCAAUGCCGCAGUACCGUGCUGACACUGGAACUGAAAGAUGCAGUGGCAUCAAACGCUGCCAGCCGCGGGGUUCCUUUGAUUAAUAUGCCCAAAGUCACAGGAUGGGAGCGCAAUCCUUCGGGACGACUGACAGGACGGUUGGUUGACCUCACGGAAUAUAUGGAUCCCAAGAAAUUGGCCGACCAAUCUGUUGACCUCAACCUCAAACUCAUGAAAUGGAGGAUUAGCCCUAAUUUGAACCUCGAGAAAACAAAGGCCACCAAAUGCCUCCUCCUAGGAGCAGGCACACUAGGCAGUUACGUUGCUCGAAACUUAAUGGGCUGGGGCGUUUCUCGAAUCACUUUCGUUGAUAAUGGUUCCGUCUCGUUCUCUAAUCCAGUAAGACAACCGCUCUUCAACUUUAUGGACUGUCUCGAAGGAGGGGCCAAAAAGGCACUUCGUGCUUCGCAAGCUCUAUCUGAGAUUUAUCCGGGAGUGGAGUCCGCAGGCUAUGUGCUUUCCGUGCCGAUGGUUGGACACCCUGUCAUCGACGUUGAAAAGACACGGGCAGACUUCGAGACACUGCGGGGAUUAAUUGAUGAGCAUGACGUAGUAUUUCUCCUGAUGGAUACACGAGAAUCCCGAUGGCUACCUACGGUCAUGGGCAAGGCUGCAGGUAAAAUAGUUAUGAAUGCAGCGCUGGGUUUCGAUUCCUUUGUGGUGAUGCGCCACGGAGUCAAAUCAAAAAUCCAGGACUCGGAGCAACUAGGCUGCUACUUCUGCAAUGAUGUUGUUGCGCCAAUGAAUUCCACCAAAGAUCAAACGCUCGAUCAGCAAUGUACUGUUACUCGACCUGGAGUGGCCGCCAUAGCGUCCGCUAUGCUGGUGGAGCUUCUCAUCUCCAUUAUUCAACACCCGCUGGGUGCAGCAGCGCCGGCUCAAAAUUCACGGGAUCAUGACCAAGGAGACCACCCAUUGGGCCUUUUGCCGCAUCAAAUACGAGGAUUUCUGUCAACCUUUGAAAAUGUCUCGGUCGUAGGUCGGAACUACAAAUACUGUAGCGCCUGUUCAGACAACAUCGUCGAGACAUUUAAGAGGGAUGGCUGGAACUUCAUACACAGAGCUUUGAAUGAGCCUGGUUAUUUGGAAGAGCUUAGCGGACUGAAAGAAGUAGGUUAUUAUCUUAUAUGUUUCCAUCGAUACACUUUCGCCUAUUCCAUUAGGCAUACAUCACAACUAGACACGCCUGUAUCAGACUAAAAGAAUGAACAUGAACUCUAUGAAACUGACGCUGAACCAGGUCCAAGCAUCCGCGGAAGCAUCACUUGCUGACAUUGAGUGGGAUGAAGAUUCUGAUUCUGACGGAAGCAAGAACGUCGACCAGUCAGAUCUGUAGUCAGAGAUUAUUUAAGCCUUGAGAUUG